GUUGUCAAGGUGCCAGUUAAUCUCUGUUUUGUUUCUCCGUCUCAGAGUUGGCAUUGGGCAGGUAGCACCGAUGCCUCCCUCCCCCAGAAAUAUCCCAGCGUUCCGGCACUUGGUGAAGAGGGCCAGAACUUUUCCUGCUUGUCGCAGGUUUCCUCACUGGCUAAACAUUACGACCCUGCCCCCAAUUCCACCUCUGGCAUCGGAAUCUUGGAGAGAGCUGGAACUUUCCGAUGGAGCUGUAACUUUCCAGAGGAUUUGGAACUUUCUGUAGGAUUUGCAACUGUUCGGGGGAGCUGGAACACUGCUGUCACAGAUUCCUGUCUGGAUGAAGGACAUCACUCUGCCUGUGACCUCUUCACAUUGACUGACCCCGCAGUUCCAAAAUGCAGAGCAAGCAGCAAUUCCAGAAUACCUCCUUCAGGAACAUGACAGGCGUCUACCUGGGAAUGGCCGGUUCUCCCGCGAGCUUCAGUCACAUCGCUGCAGUCCCGCCUCUCUUCCGCAGGCGAUGCCUCUCCCGAGCAAAGACCUCGGUAGAACUUCGGCGUAACAAAAGAAUUGAGAUGCUGCGAAUUAUGGACUGUCAGCCGGGCUUCAAGGGUGCACUGGUCAAGCCAAAGGUGAAGAUUGUCUGCCCGGAGAUGAAACCACAUCCUCACACUCACGAUAAAUCUCCUCCUCUAACUGCUGAGGAGCUGAGAAAUCUAACAAGGAAGGUGCUGAGGAAUUUUGGAGUUCCAGGACAAAGCACCAGGGACAUGUUGGAAAGGAGCAAAAGACGGUCUUGCUUCUUAAGCAGUCCAAAGACGCCCCCAAACAGCACUCGCCAGUCCAACAAUCCAGAAUUGUCGGUUGCUGUGAACGCAGGCCGAAAUGCUGACCCGUUCAGGGCCACAUUAGCAAGACAGGAGCUGAUAAGUACCAGAGCAGGUCACCAGGAGAUUUUUGAGGUGAUUCUGCUGAUUGUGUUACAGAACGCAGUUCGUUUUCAGCCUGAAAGAAGCAAUCAUAUUAGUCAGCCAAGACGAGCUGGGACUCAGCAUCUACCUCUAAAGUACCUUCAGAGCUCUCAGGCGUUUACAAGGACAGAGCAGCUCGACAGAGAUGGAAAAGCUCAUUCGCAGAGUAGCAGCCGGGAAAGAUGGAUUCUUCAGUCAGGCUCUGUCGGGGGGAGUGCAGUGCUGCAUCCUCGCAAAUCCAUUCCCUUGGGACGGAGCUAUUUGGCAGGCAAAUGUGAUUCUUCACACUUGCUUCAUUUCAAAUCUGUCUCAGGAUACACUGAGCGUGGUUUCCCCGAAUAUCUAACACCGAGACUCAACCUAACUUUGGGUCACAAUCUAAUUUCCAAGACUUUGGAGCUGAAACAGAGGACUGAUAGCAGUGACAGCACUAAACAAGUGCCCAUUACAACUCCAUCUACUGAUAGUCGUGUGGCAAACGGAUCGAGCAGGAUGGACACGUUGAAAAGCAAAGCUAUACCCUCAACAAAAGUACGCAGUCCCUUCAACUCAAGAACAAAGAUGUCUUUCCACUCCAAAAUAAAUACUCAAGGUACUGGCACUGGGAAACACAGAAUGACAGAUACUUGUGAAGAUAAGAUUCAAGGCUCUGUAGAGGAAGAGAACUCCAAAGAUUUGGUGGCCGAGCCAAGUGACUUGAAGGAGGCAGAAGAUUCUCAAACGUCCAAUCUCAAUGAUGAUGAAGACGAUGAAGAGACUCUAGAAAUGGACAGCACUACACAUCUCGCAAAACAAAUUGAAGUUAUCAUCCAUUUGAAACCAAAGGUGGACAGCAGUGCAGAGUGCAGCAGUGAGAAAGACCCGGAGCAAAUCGAUUCAAAUGAAGCUAGUAUUUGAACACAGGGAAUCUCCUGAACAUCUUUUCUUUAUAAAUACAGGACUGUUGCAAAUCAAUUACAAAAGCAGACUUGUUUAUUUGCCUAACUUUCUCCACAUGAAGCAGGGAAACAGCACUUUGAUCAUUAUUUGACUGAUAGGAACACAUUUUUGUGUUUGAGCUUGUAGGCUGAAGUAAUGUUAGUGCCAAAAUUGGAUAUCUUUUGACUUUAAUGAUGAUGAAUGACAAUUGGUGAAAAUGAAUCUCAAUUGAAUUAGCCCCUUCCUCGCAGGUUAAGGAGGGAAAUACUGUGUUAAAAUAUAUCUCGUGAUUGCUUUGAUUUGGUUGUAGAAUUCACUCAUUAAAGAUAUUGUA